GUUUAUGUUAAUGCAAAGUGCAGACACGUCCAACUAUCUUCACUUUCUCUCUCUAGAAAAACCAGCGAUGUGAGAGAGAGAGAGUGUGAGGGAAGAAGAUGAAGAUGGAGAUGCCGAAGACCACAAUGCUUCGAUUUCUUCUGCUGCAGAUGCUCUUUCUCUGCUUUGCUUCCACCGCUCAUGCUGCUCAACGAGGGCCAUUUGCUAUGCGUAUAAACUGUGGGGCUCGUCAAAAUGUUCAAACAAAACCAACCACAACCCUUUGGUAUAAAGACUUUGGAUAUACAGGCGGCAUCCCUGCCAACGCGUCUACAACAAGUUACAUCGCCCCUCCUCUCAAAACUCUUCGCUAUUUCCCCUUGUCUGGAGGUCCUUCAAAUUGCUACAACAUUCAUCAAGUGCCAAAGGGGCACUACUCAGUCAGGGUCUUUUUUGGACUUGUUGCUCAUGCUAGAACUACUGAUGAACCUCUAUUCGACAUCUCAAUUCAAGGCACUCAAAUAUAUUCCUUGAAAUCAGGUUGGACUAAUCAGGAUGAUCAAGCAUUUACUGAAGCCCAAGUGUUUCUUAUGGAUCGUUCUGUCUCAAUCUGUUUUCAUAGCACUGGUCAUGGAGAUCCAGCAAUUCUUUCAAUCGAGAUUCUUCAAAUCGAUGACAAAGCUUAUUAUUCUGGAUCACAGUGGAGCCAAGGGACAAUACUUAGAACAGUUAAAAGGCUGAGUUGUGGUUUUGGGCAGUCAAAAUUUGGUGAGGAUUAUGGUGCAUAUCCUCUAGGAGGGGACAGAUUUUGGCAGCAUAUUAAGACUUUUGAUCAGGGCUCUGAUCGACCUAGAUCUGUUGAAACUAGAAUAAAAAAGACUUCGCUUGCACCAAACUUCUAUCCAGAAACUCUUUAUCGAUCAGCACUUAUUAGUACUAGUAGCCAGCCUGAUUUAACAUAUACAUUGGAUGUGGAUCCCAGUAAAAACUAUUCUAUUUGGUUACAUUUUGCUGAGAUUGAUAAUUCAGUGACUUCCACAGGACAAAGGGUCUUCGAUAUUAUGAUAAAUGGUGAUGUUGCUUUUAAAGAUGUUGACAUUGUGGAAUUGAGUGGGGAUCGUUAUACUGCCCUUGUGCUUAAUAAAACUGUUACUGUUAAUGGGAGGACAUUGACAAUAACUUUGAGGCCGAAAGAAGGAAGUCUUGCCAUAAUCAAUGCAAUAGAGAUAUUGGAAGUUAUAAUGGCUGAGUCAAAAACUUUAUCAGAUGAAGUUAAGGCCUUACAAACAUUGAAGAAGGCUUUGGGGCUUCCUCCUAGGUUUGGGUGGAAUGGUGAUCCUUGUGUUCCUCAACAACAUCCAUGGACUGGAGCAGAUUGUCAAUUAGACAAAAGUAGUGGCAGUUGGGUCAUUGAUGGACUUGGUCUUGACAAUCAAGGUCUGAAGGGUUACUUGCCAAAAGACAUUUCCAGGCUGCAUAAUCUACAAAUCCUAAACUUGAGUGGAAACAGCAUUCGUGGAGCCAUUCCAUCUUCAAUUGGAAAAAUAACUAGCUUGCAAGUGCUUGACCUGUCCUACAACUUAUUCAAUGGAUCGAUUCCUGAAAGCCUUGGACAAUUGACAUUGUUACAAAGACUGAACCUUAAUGGCAACUCUCUGUCUGGAAGGGUCCCAGCUACUCUAGGAGGAAGACUUCUGCACAGAGCUAGCUUCAAUUUUACCGAUAAUGCAGGUUUGUGUGGUAUGCCCGGAUUACGUACAUGUGGAACUCAUCUUUCUGCCAGUGCGAAAGUUGGUAUUGGGUUAGGUGCUUCUAUAACUUUUCUAGUUCUGAUUACCGGUUCAGUUUGCUGCUGGAAAAGGAGACAGAAUAUCCUCCGGACUCAACAAAUUGCAGCGAGGGCAGCUCCAUAUGCAAAAGCAAGGACUCAUUAUUCACGUGACAUCCAAAUGACAAGGCAUAAUAAUUAUGGCAAUACUCGCACUGCUGCGGAGAAUGGGCCUAUCUUGCUUACACAAUAACAUCCCAUUAUUCUGGUUAAUCUGAUCUUCGAUGGCUUUAUCCAAUGGUGUGCUUCCCCCAAAUAUUGACGGAGUUUUUUGAACCCAUUGAAUCACUUCUUAGAAGCUGCUGAGAACCUUCCUAAUUUGUAAAUCAGAAAAUUUUGUACAUUACCAUGUUUACGUCUUCAUUUCUCCCCUGUUUCUGAGCUUCUAUACAUUUCUAUCUGUUCAUAUAGGAUUUGUCAGUUGUCACAGUUAAAAAAUUGAAAUGCAAAUAGAAAUUAUAGUGUACCAAUGUACCAUGGAAGAUUAGUGAUGUCUAAUUUACAUAUUUUCCACAGUUUUUUCAGUUGUAUCCUGUUUCAGUUAAUGUACGGAAUGGAUAAUUGGGCAAUGGUUUAUGCUUUGAUAAGAAUUACAAAUAAUGAGGAUCUGUCUGUUGUUCUUCAA